GGGUCAACUGUUGCUGGAAGAUUUGUCUCAGAGAGUAGCUCCGUCCAAUGAUUCGCUGGCUGUCGUUGGAAAUUAAUGAGAGCCUGUCUCUUUGUAGCUCUAGCAAGUGGAUAGUGUGCACGUAGGGUUACUAAGAAAUGGAGCAGUCAGGAUCGCACUAUAGCAGCAAUUAAAGAACUGCUGCACAUGUUUACUAAAUAUACAAUACAAAAUGUUAUAAUACUGCAUUAGCAGCAGACAUGUAUUAUAGUUAAGAUGUCUGAUAUCGUCUGCUAGCUAAUGUAAUGCAAUCGUCAAUAUUAUUGGUAAAGUUAGUUCUCACUACGUUGUUGUUGUGUGCCAUGUCACAAGAAUUUCAUUGUGCAGAAUUAAACUGUGUUAGGUGCUUUUGACAAAUAGACUGAAACUUGGAAUUAGCUAGCUAGUACAUUUGCAUAUGUAGCUAGCAAGCAAAGGGGCAUUUGAACGAUGUUGAUUGCUGUGGAAAUAGUUUUCUAGAAACGCCACUACAUGAAUAAUCUGGAGGAAAAAGGAGAUCAGCAAAUCAAGACUGAUAAAAAUCCCAACUCUUAACUAAAUUAAAUCCGGUAUAAUGAACUGUUAAGUCUGUUAUAAUACUGUCCCAACUGUUUUCGAUAUCAUAUCUCUAUACAGCGUCUGUCAUCUCCCUCAAGAUUGAUUUGGUACGAACGCUGGUGGAGUCAUUUGCCAUUGUAUGAAACGAAAGUGAAACGGUAAACUUGAUCCGAAUCUUAAUAUAUCUUGUUUGUGGUUCUGGUGAUCUCAACAAGAGUGGCUUCCAAAAAUGGUAACACGUUUUUUCGACCAGCAGUUAAAAGGUGUGUUCAAUUAAGACGAAUAUUUAUAAUGUCUUUGUUCAAACGCGUCUUAUUUCUUUCUUUUUUUACGUACCUAAACUGGCGACCGAUCAUGUCAUUUUGCAAUUGGCUUAAACAAAGCUUCAUGAACUUCUGGAGAAGUAUCAUGCCAAAUGAUCCUCCUGACAGUCCACCGUUCCUUCGAAAUGAAGAGGAGAAUUCCUCGGUUAUCAUUUGUAUUGACGAAAAAGAAAAGUGCAACUCGAUAUCGCAAUCAGAGAAUACAACCAAAGAUGCCAUUUGUGAAAGAAUCACCCAAAACUGGAAUUUUUUUUCUUGUCAGGAUUCACAGAAGGGUGGGAUGAACACAUCGCCAAGUCCAGAGUCCACUUACAUUAACGUGGAGAAUGACACGAUUCCCACUUUAGAUCCGUAUGUUGACGAUGAAGAAACCGACAACUACUUCUGCGAGUAUGACUCAACGUGGGAGGAUUCAAGUGAAGAAACUGUUGGUAAAAGUAGCCAACCUGAGCAUAUUUCCCAGAUCUUCGGUCGGGCAAAAUCGUACAAGUUUAACAGAUUCAGAAAUUCUGCAAGAGAUAUGCAAAGGUAUCGGCAUGAUUAUCCAGAGCGUACAAUGAACUAUUACUCCAUCGAUCAAGAGCGUACUAUGAACAAUUACUCCAGCGUUCAAGAAAUGCCUAAUUUACAGUUCUACCUUGGACAAAGGACCUCUUCUCCCGAUGGUGUCUCCAUUGAUGACUUUCACAACAAAUGGCAAGGGGAUUAUUCAAAACUGGAAAGAGUCCACUCAUACAUCCAAUGGUUGUUCCCUCUUCAAGAACCAGGAAUGAAUUACGAAGCCAAGGAACUAACCAAGAAGGAAAUUGAGGCUUUCCUCCAAAAUGACACAGCCAAGCAGAGACUGCUCAAGUCCUAUAAGCUCAUGUUGGACUUUUAUGGCAUAAAGCUGUCAAAUGAUACAACAGGAGAUGUGGAAACAGCAGAAAACUGGCGUAAGCGAUUUGAAAACCUGGACAGAAACUCACACAACAACCUUCGAAUCACCCGCAUCCUGAAGUGCCUGGGCACCCUGGGUUUCCCCCACUACCAGGCCCCGCUGGUCAAGUUCUUCCUGGAACAGACACUGGUCAUGGGCAGGCUGGACAGUGUGAAGGAAAGUGCACUCAACUACUUCAUCUUUGCUGUCCUUGAUAAGCAAGAGCGAAGGGAAUUAGUGAAGUAUGCCUACCAGCACUAUGAGCCCAAACAUGAGUUUGUGUGGUGCCCCAAGACAAUUCAGAGUAUGUUUGAGGAGGAGCCAUUCUCAGGUGAUGACACAACAGCUAUUAAACAGGGGAAUAUGUACAUUGCACAUGGUAACAUUCCCAUGAAUAAGAUUAGAAUGGCAGGUGAGGCCAGUGACUUCAUGCAGUUGGAUCAGCAAAGUUACAGUGGGGGGAUGACAGAGGUAUCAAUACCUCAGAAUAACAUGCCAAGUCAGUGGGGCCAUGACACAGGGUCCAGACAGGGCUCCAAGACUAAAAAUGGAGGGGAUCAAAACACCCGUAAUGAUUCAGCAACUGAGCAUCUGCUAAUUAGUCAAAAUAGUACUUCUCAUUCCAGUUAUGGAGCUUUGGCAAUUAGUAACUCAAUAGCUACCACUGACCCAACCACUAAGGCACCUAGAAGUGAUCAGAGAAAGAGAACAGCAGUCAAGAGAGAAGAGGGCCCAUCUAGGAAAUUUAGCAGAGGUUCAGAGGAAGAUACUCAUUCUAAUCAUGAGGAACAAUUGUGAAAACCAGACAGUGGAAAAGAGUAGAUGUUUGAUAGAAAAGUGGAGAUAUGGUGGGAAUGAGCAGGAGAUUUGGGGGGAAUGCAAAGAAAUAUUGUAUAAUGAGUAAGGAAGCUGCAAAUGAAGAUGAUUUCAGAGAAAUAUUUCAGAAGUACCAUGGGAAAGAUACAUUUGAAAUAACACAAUGACAUGUGUUCUGUUCAAAGUGAUUAGCAUGUUCUACUUUAAUGAAGGGGAAAUAAUACUUGAAGUAUGACAUGUAUUCUAAUCAUUUAUUUGUUUGUAAAAAGUUUGUUCACCCCCAAUGGCCUACCCCCUCCACUGUUAAUGGUAAUCUCACAAUGUCUCAGACGUCACUACCAAUCACAAUCAAAAUGAGGUUCAGGUGUGUUGCAGGUAUUUGGGGAAGGCGAGGCACUGCUCCAUCUACCUCAGUUGGUAGAAUCAGUUGUCACUCAAGUGUUUUCCUCUAAACCUAUUAUCUGUUUGCAAGGUGGGACUUCUCGGGAGGAAGAGUUCACAAGGAUGAUCAUUUGACUUGUUUCUCUUAAAAACAUGUUCAUCAUUGUGUUGUUAUCCAAAUUUUUUCCAAAUAACAUUUAAAAACUUUUGUGAUUUAUUUCAUAAAGGCAUAUUCUUUUAGGAAACUGUUUAAUAGAUUUUUGGGUAAUUUGGGGAUUUUGGGGAUGUUUGUUUCCAAUGUGUUUCACACAGUUUCUACUAAUUACAGUAUUUGAAAUAACCAUUUGUGCCACCAACGUUGCCUUUUGUUCAUGCAUGACAAUUGUUAAUAAAAUGAUUUACAAAUA